AUGCUGAAUAACGCGCGCAGUGGGAUGCAGGCACACAGCCCCGCAAGUGCGCGGCGUGCCUUUGUUGCGAGCGAUAUGCGCGGAAGCCGUCUCCGUGGUCCAAGGGAGCCGUCUGGUGCGGUGCGUCGGGAUGAUACGGGGACGUACGCACAAGUAGUAGACUUGGAAGUGGCGCCGAACCCUCACGACGACGCGCCGGCGGGCUUUGCAGCGCCGCACGCUGUGCCUGGACUGCCUCCGAAUGCGGUGCUGCGUGGAGACUAUGCGUAUGAUCCUCCGUUGGCGCCUUACCCCCAUGCUGAGCGCGAGCAAACAGCCAUAGUUGCAUACGAUAAUCUUAUGCAUGAGCCGGAUUAUGUGACAGAAAUGGAACCGGGAAGCAUGCUGCACCCAAUACACGGCGCUUCGCCCGACGACACCGACGACUACGAGCUGAAAUACAUGCACGAUGCCGGUACGGAUACCCUUCACACUUCUUCCAUGUCUGAAUUUUACGAGGACGACGGGAGCAGCAGUGGGGGAUGGGUCGAGCGGCAGCAACCACCGGACCAUGGGCAUGUACGCAAGGUGGAGCUGCAAGCAGGCAACUGGAUUGUAGACUACCUGGUGCCUUCUCCUAUUGCCAAUGCGGUUGAAGCGCAGUAUAAGGAGCAGGCACAGCCAAAAGAGUUCACGCAUAUGCGAUACUCUGCAGUGACGUGCGAUCCGGACGAAUUCACACGCGAGAAUGGGUGGGGUCUGCGCACCUCGACCGAGUAUGGCCGCGACACAGAGCUGCUCAUUACACUGACCUACUACAACGAGGACCGCAAUUUGCUCACGCGCACGCUCUACCACGUAAUACAAAAUAUCCGCGAUAUUUGCAAGAACCACCGGUCCAAAUUCUGGAGCAAGUAUGAAGAAGAGGGCCGCCCUGGAUGGCAGCGUAUUGUUGUUGCGCUGGUUUACGACGGGAUCGAUCCGUGCGACAAAGAGACGCUCGAUGUGCUGGCGACAAUGGGUGUCUACCAGGACGGAAUCAUGAAGCGCCAGGUGGACGACAAAGAAACGAUUGCGCACUUGUUUGAGUAUACGACCCAAGUGGCCGUGGACACCACGCCGAAGCUUGUUCUGCCCAAAGACGGGCACGAUUCGAACAUGGUCCCUGUGCAAUUGAUCUUUUGUCUCAAGCAGAAAAACGCAAAAAAGAUCAACAGCCACCGCUGGGUAUUCAAUGCACUCGGCCAGCACCUCCAUCCUGAAAUUUGCAUUCUGCUUGAUGUAGGCACCAAGCCAGGCCCAUGGUCGAUCUACUAUCUGUGGGAAGCAUUUUACAACCGCGCAAACCUUGGCGGUGCGUGCGGCGAGAUCCAUGUGAUGAAAAAGCACGGAAUCAAGCUGCUGAAUCCCCUUGUCGCUGCACAACAUUUCGAGUACAAGACGAGCAACAUCCUCGACAAGCCGUUUGAGUCCAUGUUUGGCUACGUGAGCGUACUCCCCGGCGCUUUUAGUGCGUACCGCUACAAGGCCAUUCUCGGCCGCCCUCUGCAGCAGUACUUUCACGGAGACCAAACAUUGGCGGACCGUCUUGGGCGCAAAGGCCUGGGCGAGAUGAACAUUUUUCGAAAAAACAUGUUCCUUGCCGAAGACAGGAUCCUUUGCUUCGAGUUGGUUGCCAAGGCCGGUGAAAAGUGGGUGCUUUCCUACGUAAAAUCGAGCAGGGCAGAGACGGAUGUACCGGAGCACACUGCCGAGUUUAUUUCGCAGCGACGUCGCUGGCUCAAUGGCUCGUUUGCCGCGUCGAUCUAUGCAAUUGUGCAUUUCUAUCGGCUCUACCGGAGCAAGCACAAUUUCAUGCGCAUGUUCUUUUUUCAUGUACAGGAGCUGUACAACCUGUGUCAAAUGGUCUUGAGCUGGUUUGCAAUGGGAAACCUAUGGCUCACGUUUGCCAUCAUCAUUGCGUACCUGCCCAACAUUUUAUUGCGUGGCUUUAGCGACGGCGUGUUGAUUGCCUUUCACUGGGUCAAUGUCGUGCUCAUGUGGAUCUACGCUUUUUUCCUCGCGCUGCAGUUUGUGCUGGCUCUGGGAAAUCGACCCAAGAGCGAACAUGUGGUGUACAAUAUGUCCAUUAUUGUGUUUGGUUUUCUCGGUCUCUACGUGCUUGUCGUUUCCUUGUGGCUCACCGCGCGCUCCUUUUCCAAUAUGGAGCCGCACGACGGCAAUUAUACGGACGUGAUUUUUAGCAACACGACUGCGGUGCUGAUUGCCUCACUCGCAGCUAUGUUUGGCAUCUAUCUCAUUGCUUCGAUUAUGUACUUGGAUCCGUGGCACAUGAUGACAAGCUCGGCGCAAUACUUUUUCAUGGCGCCGUCGUUUGUGAAUGUGAUCAACGUAUAUGCAUUUUGCAAUUUGCACGAUGUAAGCUGGGGCACCAAGGGUUCCGACAAAUCGGACGCGCUUCCAGCGGUGCACUCGACAGCCGCGCAAAACGACAAGGCCAACAAUGUCGUGGAAGAGUGUGCGUACGACCAGGAUACGCUCGACGAGCGAUUUCAAGGCGUGGUGACCCGCGCAUUAGCUCCCUAUUCACGCGAUCAUACUAAAGACCGUCCUACUGAGGAAGAUAGCAACAAGACGUUUCGUACGCGGCUUGUUGCACUUUGGCUACUCAGCAACGCGAUCCUUGUCGCAGUGGUGAUGAAUUUGUACGAAUACACACCGCGCAAGAAAUUGGACGAGGAAAUGCAAGAGGGCCAGGACAACCAACAGAUAUAUUUCAAGGUCAUCUUAUGGUCUACAUUUGGCAUGGCGUUUGCACGCUUUGUUGGUUCGUGCGCAUAUUGGCUCCAGUGGAACGCGACGCGCUGGUUCCGACGUACAUAG